UGGCUAGAAGAGUCAAAGACUUCCUGAAACACAGCGGUGUGAAAAUGCGGUCAGUGUUACCUGCAGUGGCUGAACAACUAUUCCGAGAUAUUCAGAAAACAUACCAAGAGACGUCUCAAAUCCCCAAUGAUCUGCUAAUUGCGCUGAGGUUUGUCUUCGGACCUUGUGCAUUACAAGCUUUGGACCUGGUCGACCAGCAUUCAGUCACCUGUCUGUCCUCUCCCAGUGGACGCAAAGCCUUCCAGGUAGUUGGAGGCUCUGGGACUUUGUACACUUGCUUCUUGUCCUGUCACUACUGCCCCUGUCCAGCCUUUGCCUACACUGUGCUACGGAGGAAUGAAGGCCUGCUGUGCAAACACAUCCUGGCGGUGUACCUGUGUCAGGCCAUGGCUGUGACUCAGCAGGAGAGUGUGUCUGAUCAGCAGAUGUCCAUUCUGCUCAGCAGGACAUCAGCACCGUGACAGCAGGUGGACCAGCACACCUGGGUCUACAGGGGCUCACUCAGGGACACGGAGCCUUUUGGAUGACAGUCGGUGCUUUAAAUGGACACUUCAGGUCACUGCAGAGAGGACCGGAGCACGGGAACACGGGAAUCAGAUAUCCUGCUCUUUCAUAUGUCUCUGAAAGACUACAGAUGUUGCCUUUAUUUAUUUAUUUUUUGAAGAGUUCCUAAUCUGUUUCCAAGGAUGUGACAUCUGUUAGAUGAGUACAUGCUGCUUUAUUUUUAGUUUCCUUUUAUCUAAGGCGGCAUCAAUUACAGAGUUAGUGAGCAUCUGCACACUGAAUUUACUUGAGACUUUUUAAAAACAUGAACAAUUUUUGCAAUGUGUCACACAUCAAAACCCAAAUUAUUCAUAUCCAUUUACAAAUUUUGAUUUAUAGUGAAUUUGUUUUUUACUACUGUUAUUUCUUCUAGACAGAAAAUACAUAAACAACUCUUUGUUCAGCUCC